AUGGCAGACAAACUUCAGGCAUGUCUCGAAAAAAUUCCAAACAUAACAUCGCUUAAACAGGAACAGACUCAAGCAGUGGGGGCUCUGUUGGCGGGGAAGGAUGUGCUCGCGAUACUUCCUGGCGGAUUUGGAAAAAGUUUGAUUUAUCAAGUCUUUAGUAUGGCGCAAACAUCUGCGAACGCGAGCGUCCUGGUUAUCUCACCACUCAACACCAUUGUGGAAGAACAGGCAAAAGAAAUGAACGGCCUUGGUAUUAGAUCGGUUCACUUGAAACCUGACAUUGAGGAUUGUUUGCAUGAUAUUUCGGACGGACAUUUUCGAAUGAUUUUCGCUUCAGCUGAAGACUGCUUAUCCAAGAGAGGAGCGGAACCCCAUUCUCUAUUUUCCAAUUGCCCAUAA